CAUACGAAGCUAUUUAGACAAUUCUGAAUGGGUGUAAAAAUAGGAGGAGAAAUAGAGAGAAUUAACGGAAACGAAUUGUAUGAAGAAUUUGUGAAAAACUAUCUGGAGAAGAAUCAACCUGUUGUUAUCACUGGAUUAAUGGACGAUUGGAGAGCUUGUAAUGAUUGGGUUACCAAAGAUGGAUUGCCUAACCUCAGCUUCUUCUCUUUAAAUUUUGGGAAAUCAAAAGUUCAGGUUGCAGAUUGUGGGAGGAGAGAGUUUACUGAUCAGAAAAGAGUCGAAAUGUCUGUCUCAGAUUUCAUAGGGAACUGGGUUGAUUUUUCUUCUAAAGAGUGUAGCAGUGCUUCUAGUUGUGAAGACAGCAAUGAGUCACUAUUAUAUUUGAAGGACUGGCAUUUUGUAAGAGAGUACCCCGAUUACAUAGCAUACACAACUCCAUUAUUUUUUCUUGAUGAUUGGCUCAAUUUGUAUCUUGACAGCUAUAAUAUGCAUAUGGAUGAGACCUCUCAAGAUAAAAAUGAAGUUAAUUGCUCGGACUAUCGUUUUGUUUACAUGGGAUCCAAAGGUACUUGGACUCCUCUCCAUGCUGAUGUUUUUAGGUCGCAUAGCUGGUCGGCAAACGUCUGUGGGAGGAAAAAAUGGCUUCUUCUAUCUCCUUCCCAGAGUCAGCUUGUGUUUGACAGGCACAUGAAAAGUUCUGUCUAUGACAUAUUUGAAGAUGUUUCUGAAACGAAGUUUCCAGGCUGCAAUAAGGCUAUCUGGUUAGAGUGUAUUCAAGAGCAAAAUGAAGUUAUCUUUGUACCCAGUGGUUGGUAUCAUCAAGUACAGAAUAUGGAAGAUACAAUAUCCAUAAACCACAACUGGUUCAAUGCACAUAACCUAUCCUGGGUAUGGAAAUUACUUCUUAAAGACUACAACGAGGCAAAAGGGUAUAUAGAAGACAUCAGAGACAUAUGUGAUGAUUUCGAAGGUCUCUGUCAGCGCAACCUUGCUAUCAAUACAGGGAUGAAUUUUCCUGACUUCUUCAUCUUCAUCAUUCGAUUCUCCUUAGCCAAUUUGUUUCAACUAUGCUCCUUAGUGAAAGACCAUAAAAUUAAGGUCCAUGAUCCAUUUAUGGCUCAGCACACAAUGUCUAACCUUGCAUCCAUUAAGCAAGUGGUCUCAGACAUGGAAAAUUUCCUUCAAAAAUUGGGUUUCUGUUUAGAUGUGAAAGAAGUAUUGAAGAAACCAGAUUUCAUGAAGCUGUGCAUAGCAAUGGGUGUGACAUGCAGAAGAUUGAGAGAUGAGCAAUGGAAACACAAUUUUGAUACUACGGAAGUUGAUUGCGGAGAUUUCUUACACUCCAUUGAUGAUUCUUGUGGUAAGGUCUACUCUCCGAAUGAUCUUGUCAAACUUAUAAACCAUGUUGCUACUGAUCUUAGUGCAAUUUUUGGUGAAGUUAAACUUUAAUUAUUGAUUUAAAACCAUGUUGUCACAUUUAUACUUUCUAUAUCUAUUUUCCCUGAGUGACUAUUCCU